UCACAAUUGUCGGGUGUGGGAGACCAGCACAAAGAAAUGUUGCUCUCGAGACCGGUGCCAAGAACUUCGACAAGGAAAUCGGAACUGUUCGACGAGUAUUUCCGUGUAUCAGAUCGUUCCCUGUCUAAAAUAUUCACUGAUUUCACAUUUUGACUACCGAUUACUUUCACUCCUAUAAAUGCGUUGGCGUAUACUAGAUUGAAUAUUGUAAAAACAAGUAAUAAAAGAGCUGCCGGUGUGCCUGAACGGUCAACAUGUUGCGCCAUCAUGCGACAAGUGCACCGUGACAACUUCACACUGUCGUUAGUUAGUGGUCUAUUUAUAAUCUCGGAUUCUCGUAUUGCGCCUGCGUAUUGCUUCGAUUACAUCUACAUCACACCGACAUCUCACCGUUAUUCGUUGAGCAUGCUAUCGCAUCUUACCCUGUGAAAGUGGGGAGGACAUUACUCAAAUUCGGAUAUGCAUACAUUCACCUUCCGUUAUAUCGCUAUAUGUAUGUGCACGAAGUAGUGACGUGUAUGAGUCAAACUACUAUUAAUUCCUCUCCCAAAGGAAUUACGAUAUUUUUAUCAAUAUUAAGAACAGUUUAUCUACAAUUAAAAUCUUUAUAUGUACAAUACUUAUUAUCUGUUAAACUCAGAUGUAUUUCCUUCUAAUAUUUAUUGAUUCUCAAUAAAUGUGUACCUUAACAUAUCGAUAAAUAUCUACGAAAUCAUAACUCUGCCUCUAUCGCAUUCAUCUUAUAUCUUCGCCUAAAAGGGAAUUUUCGAACAAGCUUCGACUAAAACAAAUAUAUGUAGAAUGCGUUUAAAUGUGCAAUCAUUCUCAUAGAUCAGCAUUCGUCAUUACCGAUAAGUAAAAGUUAUAUUGACGUGUGAUAUGUAAACAUUGAACCUGCACCAUAAUAUGUAAUCGAGAUUUUGAGAUAUUUUGACAUCAGUUUUAGCCAUGGAAGGAGAAAUAGUUAAAAUUAUUAAGAAAUUCAAAUUCGAAGAAUUAGAAUCGGCAGUAAUGCCUAUUUUUCCUGAAAUUUCUUGGGAUAAUAUAAAGUCUGAGUUAGUUAAAUAUCACAACAGGUUUACUUCGGUGAAUGCAACUCAAUUGAUCAAGAUAGCUAUAACUAAUAACAGCAUAAACAGAAAAGACUUAGAAGACCGUCUGUCAAUGUUAAAAUUAGUUGAUAUAAGUUGGCACAAUAAUCGGAAAAUAUGGUACAGUUAUUUAUUAAAAGGUUCUGCACAGUCUAAGGAUUACUUCCUGCAUAGCAAAGUUCAAGCGAAACUAAAAGAUUAUUUUAUUUCAUUAAAUUUAAAAAUAGAUGUAAAAAUGUAUAUGCAUAAUAACAUUACAUAUAUUUCUCUGAACCAACGAAAACAUAAAAGCAAGAAGUUAAAGACUGGGCUUGGACUCCCUCUUAUUUUUGCUGUAUUUACGGGCGAAAAAUAUUUUUUCGUUAACAGAAAGAGUGUUUCUCCAAAUGUUUUACAAGCAAUAGCAGCAAGCAUGGGAUAUGAGAAAAGUAAACAAAUUAAAUUGAUGGGUAAAGAUUUAAAAUCACUGAGCAAAAUGUGUAUGAACAGAAAGAAAGGAGUACAAAAUUCAGAAAAAAUGAGUAAAAUUGUGGAGUAUAAUAAUUCUGGUCCAGAGAGAAAAUCUACUGGUAUAGAUUUUACUGAACAUAAACAGCGCAAAAGAUAUGCAGAAGAAUGUUUUGGUGAUGAUCCUGCUAUUAUAGAAGUUUUUGUUGUAAAUGCAACAAGUAGGAUUCUUAUGGACGAAGAUGAAUCCACGGAAUUGUCAAAUGAAACUUUGAGUAUUACUUGCGAGUAUCGUAGUCCUAAUGUUGCUGCCUUUUUAACAAAAUUAAUAGAAAAGCGAAUAAUAACUACACCUGUACCACAUUAUAUAUCAAAUCUUAUGACUUUAGGUAAAAAUGAAGUGACGAUUUCGAAUAAUUGACGAUUUCGAAUAAUUGACAAUUUCAAAUAAUUGACUAUAUCGAAUAAUUAAUUAUUUUAUGUUUAAAUGACAUGUAAUGUUAAUACUUUAAUUACAAACUUGGUUUAAUAAAAAAAUUUAAGGAAAAUAAAAAAUCAA